UGUCACACACAACCAGCAGCCCAGCAGUUUCUGGUUUCUGAAAUGCGUGUUGUGCGUUUCCCGACUUCACGUUGACGUCAUGACAGCCAAAAUGGAGCUUGCACCGCUCAGAACGUGGGAUGAUUUCUACCCCGGAACGGAGCGCUUCGGCAAACCAGAGUUCGGAGAUGUGGCAAGGUGGAACAACAGAGUGAUCAGCAAUUUAAUGUAUUACCAGACGAACUACUUCGCCGCGGCCGUGGUGGUCUUCCUCAUCGUUGGGUUCCUGAACCCACUUGGCAUGUUUCUGGGAGGAACAGUUGUGACUUUGGUAUUCAUGGGUUCCGUGUGGGCCGGGGAGAAUCAAGCCAUCAUCAAGAACUUCAAGAGGAAGAACCCGACAUUGUUCGUCAUCUGUGUCAUGGUCACCAGUUACUUCCUGCUGUCCCUGUGCGGUGGUGUCAUGGUUUUCAUCUUUGGCAUCACUUUCCCCCUGUUGUUAAUCCUCAUCCAUGCCUCCCUGAGACUGCGCAACAUGAAGAACAGACUGGAGAACAAGAUGGAAGGUGUUGGAAUGAAGAAGACUCCUAUGGGCAUCAUCAUGGAUCUCUUGGAUCAGCAGGAGGAGAGAGUGAACAAAAUUCAGGAUUUUAUCGAAAGCAAAUUAAAGCAGUAAGGUUGUAGGAAAGGGAUGUCCGCUCCAUCAUCACGCAUGCAAAGAGUAGAAUCACAUUUGUACUUGUGGCCCUCCGGUCUGCCCUUUUGGUUUUUUAGUACAGAUAGAUGAACACACUCCUUAACAUGUGUACAGCUUUCAAUAGUCACAGUUGAAAGACAAAUGGCAGCAGCAAAGGUUUCAGUAUUCCCAAGUCAAAAGUUUUACAAAUACACAUCCCCUUGCUAAUAUUGCACUUCUUAGGGUGGCAAACUGGGUAUUUUUUAUCCUAGAUUUAAUUGUGCUACCUUGUUAAAAUCAUUGCUAGUUUCUAUUUCUUACCCAUCAGUACAAAACCCAGAUUGAUUUAUUCCAUCUUGUCACUUAAGGAUCCAACACAAAUGUGCGUCUGGUGUACAUGUGUUCUCACUCGUAAUCCUGAUUAUAAAUAGAACAAUUUUUCAGAGAGUGUGACCAUGUGCUGAAAGCAUAGAUGAGCCUGAGUGUAUCUCCUCUGAUCGCUGCUAUGCAAUUGAAAAGGAACGGCUCUUUCAGCUUUAUUCUACUAUGUAUAUGUUUGCUGUUUGCGUGUGUUAUUUCUAAUAUGUCACGAAUACAGUGGUUGUAGGAUGCAUACAAUUAUUCAUUUAACUGAAAUAUCUUUAUCAGCACUGGAUUGGCAACUCAUGAUGCAUAUUUAAUAAAGCAAAUGCUAUCUGUAAUGUUCCUUUUAUACUGCUGACAUGUUGGCAAAUCUUCCCUGAAGCUUUUCUUAUGUGCACCUCGACUGCACAGUUUGUGCAUGAAGGCCAUUCAGAGAGGUGGAGUGGAUGGAUGCAAUGUUAUGUUGUCCUCAAUCAUACAUGUCACAUUUUUCCAUUCAGCAACCGUGAUGGUGUGAUCACAGAGCCAAAUAUUAAACAUGGCUGUAUAAACCAA